UUUUGAGAAAAUUUGAGUAGAAUUGAGUAACAUUGAGCCACGCACGUUUUUCAGAAUUUCUCAAUCUUCAAAAUGAUUUUCACAAACGACGUAACAAAUUUUGACACUGACAUUUCAACGCUGACACUGACAACUUGCAAAACACAAAAGCACCGGGAGCGUAAAUUGUUCUACGACACAAGAAAAAAACUCUACGGAAUAAACUCCUGGCCCCCAGCGUCGAUUCCGUGCCAUGAGGUAGGUUAUUUUGGGGGGAGGGAAACCUUCAAAGAACUUUGUUGAAUAAAGUUGAUUUUUUCAGAUGGCAAUCCGAAUCCGAUUGAAUAAAAGGAGAAGUAACCAGCUGCUGCUUCCGGCUCGGGUGAGAAGAAGAGCUGAUGAGAAGAAACCGGCCGCCACUGAGAGGAAGUCAGCUCAGAAGCUUCUGGCCGGAACCUUCUUGCCUCCCUCAGCAGCUCUCUUGGCCGGAGAGGCAAAUACCAAACCGGACAAAAAGGGAACAAAUGCUGCUGCUACCGGAAACGUUGCCGCUGCUGGUAAAAAGGCUCCGACAGUGGCUUUCGCCAAAAUUGGCUGCUAUUGCCACCGCCAAGGUCAAGAACACUGCGGCCGCCACCAAGAAGCCAGCCCCGCAGAAGACCGCUUCCAAAAAGGAAGCCGCCGGUGGCGGUAGUUCCCAGUAAUUUCGUUCAAAACGUGGCAAAAUGGACAUCGUUCAGGAGGUUUUGCAAAAGCAGAAAGAUUGAGAGAAAAACAAGCCAAUAACGGUGGAAUAGUACCUACCUGGAACAGUAACUGGAUUCGACCCGGGAAAAUACACAACUGUUCAUCAAUGCCGUCUUGGAACUCCUAACGGAACGGGAAGAGGAAGCCGUUGUCGGUGCAGCCCGUGCUUGAAACUUCCUGCGCCGAAGCCGCUCACAAAAGGGGAAUAAAUCGUUAAGCAAAGUGUAUCAAGAAUGGAGUCCGUGACAAGAAGGUACGACAAGGUGACAAGGUUCAAGGCCGAAUAGGAGAAGGAUUGAGUGGUAGAGAUGCCUCAGAAUGCAGACCGAAAGAUGAGGAACAUUGCUCGCGCGAAAGUGAUCCAAACUCCGCGAGCCGGCUUUCCCGGACCGGAUGCCGCUUCAGCUACAGAGCUGGUGACUGCUGCCAACGUCGCCAAUGCGUCGAUGGCGUCGAUCGGAAAGUUCCAGGAGAAGCUGACCAACAAAAAGCAGGCCCGCGGAAUCAGCGUGAACCGAAAGCACGCCCAAUCACGCUGCCGGGCGAGAAGAAACGCAACCUGGAGCAAAGUGCUAAAAAGAAACUGCCGGUGACACUGGAGCUGCUGUCCACAAUAAGAAGGGAACUGCCGGAGCAACGUAGGUUGCCGCGAAGAAGCACGCCACCAUGAAGGUCGCCACCCCCGUGGGCGAAAAGAAAGCCAUCGAGGCCAAGGUGCAGAAGGGUACCGUUUAGAUUCGUGUCGUCGCUUUGUAGAGGAUCUAAGUAUAAUUUUCUAAAUAAAUAAGAAAAUGCAAACACACCAUAAUAAACGCAUCAUUUAGUCUCUGGUAAAAACAAGACAAGAUCGGAGCAACUGCUUCAGAUGUCCCCCUCCAGUCUCCCGACGAUUAUCAUCUCCUAGACAGAAUGAAACCGGAUGAUACAGCGACUCUUCUUAGAGAUUUUCGUUUCGAUCUUAAUGACUACGGUUUCGAUGUGCUUGCACCUUUGGAGCCGCUGAAACCUCCUGCUGCAAGAGCAUGUCC